AUGUCAUACAACAAACCAGAAAAGGGAGAAUUCGGAGAGGGCCCAAAAACCCACAAGAUCCGUAUCACCCUCACCUCCCGAAAGGUCGCAUCCCUCGAGAAGGUCUGCCAGGAGCUCAUCGAGCGUGCUAAGUCCAAGGACCUCCGUGUCAAGGGCCCUGUCCGUCUCCCAACCAAGACUCUCAAGAUCACCACCAGAAAGACUCCUUGUGGUGAAGGUUCCAAGACCUGGGAUACUUUCGAGAUGAGAAUCCACAAGCGCCUUAUCGAUCUUAACGCUCCUACCGAAGUUGUCAAGCAGAUUAUCAUCAACAUCGAGGCUGGUGUCGAGGUGGAGGUUACCAUUGCUGCUUAA